CGCAAUGACGUGAUCAGACAAAGGGGAGUGUACAAAGAGCAGGUUUUAAUAAUUUUGUCUGCAUUUGGAUCUGCCGAAAACAUGUCAACUCUUGCCAUUCCUCCACCACAAUGUCUGAAGAGGCCACUCCACGUCCCCCAGAGGCACAUGUUCGGGCCGGGACCCUCCAAUGCCCCAGACAGGAUCCUAGAGGCAGGGGCCAAGCCUGUAAUCGGACAUAUGCAUCCAGAAAUAUUUGAGAUAAUGAGCGACAUCAAAAGUGGGAUCCAGUACAUGUUCCAAACUCAGAACAAAGUGACGUUUGCGGUGAGUGGGACGGGCCACACGGCGAUGGAGUGUGCCAUUUUUAACAUUGUGGAGCCUGGAGAGAGUUUCCUGAGUGUGGUCAACGGGAUCUGGGGCGAGAGGGCAGCUGACAUGGCUGAGAGAAUAGGUGCCAAAGUAAACACUAUUGUAGCACCCCCUGGUGGAUUCAUCAGCAUAGAAGAAAUUGAGCAGGCAUUGUCAAAAUACAGACCUGUGCUGUUGUUUGUUACACAUGGAGAGUCAUCAACUGGAGUCCUGCACCCUUUAGACGGCAUCGGAGCACUCUGUCACAAAUAUGACUGUUUGUUACUUGUUGACUCCGUGGCAGCGAUGGGAGGAACACCUUUGUACAUGGACAAGCAAGAGAUAGACAUUUUGUACACAGGAUCACAAAAAGUCUUGAACGUUCCCCCUGGCACAGCUCCCAUCUCCUUCAGUGAACGAGCAUGUCAGAAAAUAUUCAACCGCAAAACCAAACCAGUGUCUUUCUUCUUGGAUCUGAGUUGGCUGGCGAACUACUGGGGAUGUGACAACAAGCCGGCAAGAAUAUAUCACCACACUGGGCCCAUCACAGCUUUUUACACUUUGAGGGAAGGCCUGGCUAUUCUUGCUGAAGAGGGUCUUGAAAAUUCCUGGAAAAGACAUGAGUCGGUGGCCGAGUAUUUCCACGCUGGACUAGAGAGCAUGGGCCUAAAGCUGUUUGUUAAGGAAAAAAAAGCUAGAUUACCUACAGUUACUACCAUUGUUGCUCCACAUGGAUAUGACUGGAAAGAAAUCACAGCAUACAUCAUGAAAACUCAUAAUCUGGAGAUAUCAGGAGGCCUUGGUCCUUCUGUGGGUCUGGUCUUGCGCGUUGGACUGAUGGGAUGCAACAGCACUAAGGCCAGUGUUGACAUGGUUUUGGCCGCUCUCAAAGAUGCUCUGAAACACUGCCACAAGAGCAAAGUAUAAAGAUACUGUAAUAAAAUGUGAAUAGGGGUAAUAAAUAAUGUUUAAAA